CUCACUACACUUGUUACCGCUUGUCCUGUGCGCCGAGAGGGCGAGCUCGGGCCGCGAACCGGGCGGGAGCGGGCAGCGGGCAACGGAGGGAGGCAGAGAGGCACAAAGAUCGCAGUAAUAUCCACUAUAACCAGCCAUCUAACCCCACCCCAAACACACACCCAUUCAUCCCGCCCAACGGGAGAGGCAGCCAGCGGUCCGCACUCUGCGCCCAGGGAAAAAGCCCCAACCAUGAGCAAUCAGUACCAGGAGGAGGGCUGCUCCGAGAGGCCGGAGUGCAAAAGUAAAUCUCCAACUUUGCUCUCCUCCUACUGCAUCGACAGCAUCCUGGGCCGGAGGAGCCCUUGCAAAAUGCGGCUGCUGGGAGCCGCGCAGAGCUUGCCCGCUCCACUGGCCAGCCGCGCCGAUCAGGAAAAGGCCGUGCAAGGCUCCCCCAAGGGCAGCAGCGCCCCGUUCGAGGCCGAGCUGCACCUGCCGCCCAAGCUGCGGCGCCUGUACGGCCCGGUGUCGGCAGGCAGCGACUCAGAGGAGGGGCUGCUGAAGCGCAAACAGAGGCGCUACCGCACCACGUUCACCAGCUACCAGCUGGAGGAACUGGAGCGGGCUUUCCAGAAGACGCACUACCCGGACGUCUUCACAAGGGAGGAACUGGCCAUGAGACUGGACUUGACUGAGGCCCGUGUCCAGGUGAGCUGCACCACAGAUGGAAGAAGGGAGGUGGAAGGGCUGGAGGACAGUGGGGGGACAGAGAGAGGGGUUGAGCGGGAGAGCCGCUCUGUAAGAAGGAUUCCAGGUUCUCUAAAGGGCGCUCUGGCUCUCCUGCCCCAGUUCCCCUCCUUUACUCCUUUCACUCUGAGCAAGGAGUGGCGGAUAUUCCUGUCUAGACAGAUUUGGAUACACAAAAGCUGCCCACCCAGCCUGGGCCCAUAUACAGUCUUGCUUUUUCAAGCCUCUGAAUUUCCACAGUGGAGUGUUUCCUGCGAGUCAGAGUCACAAGUCGAUUAUUUGAAGUCUGUGGAUGCCGCCGUGUUCCGGCACCCGGCCUUCAUCAGCCCGGCAUUUGGCAGGUAAAGCGCGCGGCGUCGGGCGUGAGUCAGUCUCUCAUACACGCACAGGCUGGGGUCACAGAGGUGGCUGGAGAGGGAGGCUACGUACAGCCUUUUCUUAGACCCAACCUCAGAGACUUUAGCCAAAGAAAAUACUUUCUAAUUUUAUCUCCAGAAAAAUAAAAAAACGUAGGUCUCUGAGCAGCGAAGGGGAAGGGGAGGGCAGUGGCAAUUAUAGCAAUGGUGACAACCGGGAGUGUGCAGUGAAAGCUGUAAAAGUACCAUUGGAAGGCAGCAGCAGCCUUGGCCCUAAGUUUUGUGCGCCCGAACGUGUACAGGUGUAGGCUACAGAGUAAGGAUGACUUUUCAAGCUUUGCAAAAGUCCUUCCUCAUGCCUCAGAGCCUGGCAGCCUGAUGAACACAGCCCUGGUCCCCAUGGGAGUCCUGGAGCCAGGAGGCCCUCUACGUGCACAGAAUCCCUUCUUCUUACCCAUCCAGACUCUUAUCUUCCUUGUCACUCAAGUGACCCGCUGCCAGCAAUACUCCCUAAGUGCAAUCCCCGACCCCCACCGGGGCACAGGACAACGAAAUAAAAGAAACAGUUCAUCAUAUAUUAUAACUCCCUUUCUUUAAAUGAACAUCGGAUGAUGAAAUAAAAAGUCUGUGUAAUCAUACAGACAAACAGUGCAGGGAUGUAUUUAUUAAGUUGGGAAGUGCAGUGAAAAUAAAACUGAACACAGCUUCUGUGAUCUCUCUUUGGGAGAACAAAGAAAUAAUACAUUCAUCCAACUGAGCAUCCACUCAGCAAAAAUUAUCUUAGAAAAAAAAAAGACGAAGUAAAAUUAGUUUCUCGUAACAAACGCAUUCAAGUGUAGUUAGUGACUCAGUUUACCUAGUGGAACCAGGGCACGUUCAGCCCCCUUCUGGGUCACACCUUUAUCAUUUCUUUACGGAAAACAUUUUAGAGUCCUGUGUCUUCCCCUUCUCCCCAUUUUUCCCCACUGAUGAGAGAUGACUCGUAAAAUCAGGCGAACCCUGCCUGGAGUACCCAGCUUCCUCAUUCAGAGGAGCUGGAAGAGGAGUGUGGUGGGGGUGGCACAGGGAGUAACACUUGGGCUAGGGAUGGGGAGAAGGCGCCUCUCGGAAAUCCUGAAUUGGCCCCGCAGAGGCCAGGAGCCAAAGCCCUGGGGCAGGCGACUGGGAAAGCCUGGUGGACGUUUGGAGGUGGUGGGGAAAGUGCUUGCCCGGUGGCACCCGGGCCUCAGCUGCAGAUCCGCGCAGCAGUGUACAAGGGGUGAAAGCGAGAAGCGGAGUAAUCCCGGCGCCGUCCGGAAGCGGUGGUGGC